AUGCUUUUCCGUGUGUUUGAAAAAUUGACAACCAAAAACUCAAAUCUUAAAAAAAAAACUCACCAUCAAUCUACACGCCAUUCAAACCCCAACCAAUAUCACAGUUGCAAGCUAUCAAAAAUGUCCACUAGAUCAGAAAGAGCAUGCAUGUUAUGUGGGAUAAUACAACCAGUAAAGGCAUUCAAAACUGAAGGAUGCCCCAAUUGUGAAAGUUUGUUACAAUUUCGAAAUCCUGACCAAGAUUUCAACCCAAUCACUGACUGUACGUCACCAUCCUUUGAAGGGUUGGUCGCCUUGGGAGAAGAUCAUAAGGAAUCAUGGGUGGCGAGAUGGCUAAGGAUAGACAAUUUCGUUCCUGGUCUCUAUGCUGUUAAGAUUAAUGGUAAACUACCCCCAAUAGUGAUCGAGCAUUUGGAAUCGCAAAAUGUCAUAUAUAGACCAAGAGAUGGAACUGCAGAAGAUUAG